AUGAAACUCAAUCCCCUAAAGGGCUCCUUUGAAGUCGACUCGAGUAAGUUUCUAUGCUUUAUCAUCAAUGCUCGAGGAAUCGAAGCCAAUUCAGAGAAGAUUCAAGCCAACCUAGAUAUGAAAUCGCCAACAAAAACAAAGGAAGUUCAAAGUUUGACUAGUCGGAUUGCCGCACUCGGCAUAUUUGUUUCGAAGACAACAGACAAGUGUGUCCCAUUCUUCAACAUUCUGCGAGGAAAUAAGCAGUUUGAAUGGACGGAGGAAUGCAAAAAAGCUUUCCAGGAGCUAAAGGCGCAACUCGCAAAACCUUCUAUGCUCUCAAAACCUCUGGACGGAGAAGAAUUAGGAAUAUACCUAGCUGUCACCAAACAUGCUGUAAGUGUCGUACUGAUCAGAGAAGAAAACAAUAUCCAACACCCGGUCUAUUACGUCAGUAAAAGACUCAUUGAGGCUGAAGGCCGGUAUUCAUUGAUGGAAAAGCUUACUUAUUGCCUAAUCCUAUCAACGAGAAAGCUAAGGCCCUACUUUCAGGCUCAUCCUGUUUGGGUAUACACUGACCAACGAUUACGCCAAAUAUUGCAAAAAUUGGAUGCCUCUGAACAGUUACUCAAAUGGGCAGUGGAGUUGGGUCAGUAUGACAUUAUCUUCCAACCCCGAACAGUGAUCAAGGGUCAGGCCUUGGUGGAUUUUGUAGUCGAAUGUACGGGUAAAGAAGAAAGCAUUUCAGAAAACAACCUAGAGCCAGUACAAAUACCUCAGUCGAGUAAUAGUGAAAACAAGCCUACUUGGAAGGCAUCCAUUAAUGAAACUAAAUAUGAAGCUCUGAUCGCCGGCCUAAAACUAGCCCGCGAGAUGAAGGCUGAACACAUUAAGAUCUGCAGCAAUUCACAGCUAGUGGUAAAUAUUAUAUCCGGAGAGUACGAGGCUCGAGGGGAAAAGAUGAUAGCCUAUCUGAGCAAAAUACAUGAUCUGCUGGCGCAGUUCAAAAGCUAUGCUCUAAGGCAAAUUCCAAGGAAAGAAAACACGACUGCUGAUGCAUUAGCUCAACUUGGGAGCAGCACUGUAAAUGAUCAAGCAAAUCUGAUUCCUGUUCAGUUUCUCAAAGAACCUAGUAUCACCGGCAUGGAAGAGGUUGAAAUGAUGAAUACAUCCCCAAACUGGAUGACGCCAAUAGCAGCCUACCUCAACAUUGAAGAACUCCCAAACAAUAGAAACGAAGCACGGAAAAUGAGGAGAAAGGCUGCGCGGUACAUCAUGGUAGAGGGAGUUAUGUAUAGAAGAGGAUUCUCCAUGCCAUUACUUAGGUGUGUAACACAAGCAGUCGGGUAG